UGAUCAGCGGUGCCAUAACCUCUCAGUAUCUGAUGGAAAAGUCCCGUAUAGUCUUCCAGGCCAGAGAUGAGAGGAACUAUCAUAUCUUCUAUGAGAUGCUGUCAGGUCUUCCCCCCCAGCAGAGGCAGGCCUUCUACCUGCAGGAGGCUGAGACAUAUUAUUACCUGAACCAGGGAGGGGAUUGUGGGAUAGCAGGAAAGAGUGACAGGGAGGACUUCCUCCGUCUACUGGCUGCUAUGGAGAUCCUUCACUUCACCCCUGACGACCAGGCGUCCAUCUUUAGAGUCCUGUCUUCUAUUCUACACCUGGGGGAACGUCUACUUCCAAAGAUAUGA